AUGGGGCCAGAGAUAUACGUCAUUCUCCAAAGGCAGUUUGAGUGUCGCCCACAGGAAACUGCCCUCCCUCCUUUGCUUUGCCCAUGGUUUCCCGUCCACACCAAGUUUAUAUAUAGCCUGCAAGAUCUCUUCCCAUAUAAUACAUAUUGCAGACUGUGUUUCACAAAAUGGGAUCCGUCUCCUCCUGCCUUUCUUCCCUCUUGCUUUCCUCUCUUCCAAUGGAGUGGUCAAAGCCUCAUCUUUUUAUCCGCUUUUUCUGCGGCAAGAGCUGAGCGCUUUGCGAGUUCCUUCGUUCUCACUGCGUUGGCAGGUUUGGUGGAGGGGUUUGUGGAUUGGUCUUCGUUCUCUGCAUCGAGAACUUCCGUGACGACUCUGGAGGGGAGGCUGGCGGAGCAGAAGAAGCCGGAGGCGUCAGCGCCCGCCGGGAAAUUCUCAUCGGGGAAGAGGCUGCAGGCGGCCAACAAGAGCAGAAGGAAGCAGAAGAAGCCUGGGCAGAUGCCGUCCGUCGUGCAGAGGCUGUUCGAGACGUGCAAGGAGGUCUUCGCGGAAGGAGGGGACGGGAUCAUCCCCUCGCUGGAGGAUGUCAAUCGUCUUCGGUCCGUUUUGGAUAAUGUAGGCGCCUCAGAUGUUGGCCUUACUCAGAAUAUGCCAUAUUUUCAAAACAGUUCAUCUGCAAGAACUCCGUCGGUUACAUACUUGCACAUUUACGAGUGCCACAAGUUCUCGAUUGGCAUCUUCUGUUUGCCUCCAUCAGGUGUCAUUCCUCUUCACAAUCAUCCAGGGAUGACUGUGUUCAGCAAGCUUCUUUUCGGUUCCAUGCACAUCAAAUCAUAUGAUUGGGUUAAUGUGCCUCAGAACUCUGAUGAGAUUGUCAAUUCCUUGCACUAUCAACAUCCAGGAUUGCGAUUGGCAAAGGUAAAGACUGAUGCCAUCUUUACAGCGCCUUGCAAGGCCUCUGUGCUUUAUCCAGAAGAUGGAGGUAACAUGCACUGUUUCACUGCAAGAACAUCUUGUGCGGUGCUUGAUGUCCUGGGGCCACCUUAUUCAGACCUUGAUCGGGGAAGGGACUGCACAUAUUUUAACGAUCUUCCAUUCGAUAGUUUUUCUGGAGAUGGGAAGUUGGCAGCUGAUGAGGAUGGGGUGUAUGCUUGGCUUGAAGAGAGGAAGAAACCUGAUGACUUCUUAGUCGUUGGGGCAAGAUAUAGCGGCCCAAGAAUUAGGGAACGAUGAUGACAGCUGAAAUGAUGCUGCAGUCUUACUGCUAAAAGGAAAGAUGCUGUUAGUGUGUGUAGAUACAGAAUCCUGACAUCAGAGAGGUCUGCUUAUGCUACAAUAGAUCUUUGAUGUGCCCAUUACUUGAAUCUGUAAUCAUUUCUGGAAGAGAACAUUUCAUACUAGUUUGCUUCAAUAAAUUUGAUUUUGAGAAAUUUGGU